UUUCGGCGUAAUUAAACGCUUAUAAGCUUUGAUGAUAUCACAAUCUAUAAUGCCAAAAUUAAACAACAACUCUUUCAUUUCUCAAUAACCUGAUCAUCGGUCUUCUUCUUCUUCUUCUUCUUCUGCUAGAGCUGCCAUGUCCAGAAUUCAUCCAAGCCAUCAUCAGCAUCAUCAUCGUCAAGGGCAUCAGGAGUCCAUGUCCAAAGAGAAGACUCAGCCUUGUGUUCUCACUGUGUGGAAGAGAUCCACCAUGAGCUUCCAGGGUACCGAUGGCUUCACCGUCUUCGAUCACCAUGGAAAGCUCGCUUUCCGAGUCGAUGACUAUUCCAGAAACAACUCCACCGCCAUCCUCAUGGACGGCGCCGGAAACGCCUUGCUCACCCUCAAGCCUCAGAUAUUCAGCAUGCAGUGGAAUGCUUACAGAGGAGAAGGAUAUUGCAGUAGAAGAGAUAAUAAAAGCAGUAAUAAUAGUAAGAGUAGUGGGGCAAAGCCAAAAGCUUUAUUCAGCAUGAGAUCAAGUGGGUCAAUGGUGUUUAAUGGAGGAGGGGAUCAAAAUCAUGACGAAGCUCAGGUGUUCAUGGGACCAUCAGGCAGACAAGGUCAAGGAUGUAAGGCUUAUGAUGACACACCAGAUUUUAAGGUACAAGGAUGUUUCAGAAGGAGAAACUGUGUCAUCAGAAACAGCAGAGGACACAUAGCUGCCAGGAUUUCUAGGAAGAGAGUGAACAAGACGGUUCUUCUUGCUGAUGAUGUCUUCAACCUGGUGGUUCAACCUGGGUUUCAACCUGAACUCAUGAUGGCUUUUGUUGUUGUCUUGGAUCGUAUUCAUUCUAAGCACUAUUAUACUCCCCUUUUGUGUUCCUAAUUAACAAUACACACACACAUGUAAACCUUCAUACAACCAAAGGGAUGGAUUAUUAAUUGCUUUGAUCUUAAUUCAGAAUGAUUUGGUUUCAGCCUUAACUCAAAUUUAAACUGGGUUUCAUUCUACUG